AUGUCUGUUCAAUAUGGAACAGCAUUGUUCGACGAUUCGUCUGGAUCGCAUGUUGCGGUUGAGUCCAUGCCGAGGUGGAAACGGAAGGAUGAAAGCGAGCGGGUCAAGGAGCGGUUCCAUGGAGCGUUUACAGGCGGAUUCUCUGCCGGCUAUUUCAAUACUGUUGGAUCCAAGGAGGGAUGGGCACCUUCGUCGUUUCGCUCGUCUAGAAAGGAUAAGGCUUCGGGUGCCAGUUCGACGAUAUCUCCUAAAUAUUCGAGACCAGAGGAUUUCAUGGACGAAGAAGAUCUACGGGAUCAGGAAGAUUCGAUAACUCUGGUACCAGUGAGUGAUACCAUUGAUUCUCGGUCAGGAAAGUCAUUGCUGGAAUUAGGAUUGACAUCGAUAGCAUCAAUGCAAGCAGCAGGGUCUGCAGAACUUUCUUUAGAUAGCAGAAUUAGGUCCCUUGUUACGGGUGGUGCUGCUGGUGAUGAUGAUGCCAGGAGCCUGUCAGCUAAGUCGGCAUGGUCCUCAGUCCCAGCUGUGGACGCUGUUGGAUAUGGGAUUCUUUCUAAAAUGGGAUGGAGGCCUGGUCAAGGGAUUGGUCCGAAAUCGAAGAAAAAAUUUGAUUUAGGAGACAGAUCUGGUUCUGUAGAACAUGAGAUAGCUCCAAAAAACACUGUGCUAUCAGUUAGACCAAGUAAUAAUAGCCAUGGUCUGGGUUACGAUAUUGAUAUGCCAGAACUACCAGUUUUAUUAGCAAGUCGAACUGGCGAUGAUUCACGAGAUUCUAGCGAGCGAAGCGGACUAAAUCCUAGGACCAAGAAACGGAAAUUGGCAAUGAAUCUCAGCAUUGCUGCUAGCUAUGAAGAUGACGAUGAGGAUGGACUCGAAGAGGUGAGAUCUAAUUGGAAUCCGAAAUAUGACACGAAAGAAGUAUUAAAGAGUGACAAACCAAGAUUUGUUAGACCAAUGAAAAAGCUAUCUCGUAACGGUCAGAAUAUUAGUAGCGAGAAAGAACCAAGGGCACAGUUUGUGAAACGCAGAUGUGCUGAUGGAUUACCUGUACCAACAGGGUUUGUGCUCUCAUCACGGCCAUUAUACAAGGGUAAUGAUUACCCUCUUCCAGAUGUGUUAGUAGCGGUUUUAAAUGACCAAUUGGCUGAAAUAUCGAACAGAGUGGAAAACAUGAAGAAUAUUGAAAGAAACGGAGCUACUAUCUUAACAAGCAAAAAUGAUGGAGGAGAGAACACCACCACCUUGGAUUCGAAAUCAAGAGCACAGUUGCUCAAGGAGCCACAGCUCCCUGGACAAUCUGUUUUUGAUCUGUUGAGCAAAGAUGCUUUGAAGAGAAUCGCCGAUAUUAAAGAUGGUAGAAACGUAAUUCCUUUGGAUAGAAAACCUGAUGAAACUCUCAAAGUGAAUUCUGAGGUGAAGCUAGAGAUUAAAACUGAAAUUUCCCCUGACUUGAAACCCGAAGUGAAGCCAUCUGUAGUGCCAGGCAUGGAAUCAGAUGAAAAGCUUGGUAGUGGGAUUUCUGCUUCAAAAGCAGAGGAUGAUGAGGUUGAUAACCUACCCUAUUUAUCACAGGAUAUUGCACACGAGGCAUUAUCUAACACAAAAUAUCCUUAUGCAGAAGACCUCGAAAAGCGACAGAGAUAUCUAAAUGUUUUGAAAGUUUAUUCAGACCAAACUGGUACUUCAGGCACCUUUGCAGCUUCCUUGAAGAAAAUCCGGCCAACGAGUUUUAGUCAUGAAACAUGGAUCAAUGAACUUAACGAAUUUACGAGAGUAGCAAUUGUGUUCCGGCCGCUAAAAGGAGCCAUUGCUAGUAGGUUUACUUCUAGCACCGGGAGGCCCACAAACGAUACCGGGAUACAGACUCCUGCUGAAUAUGACGCUUCUACUUUCAGAGUGACGGACUUCUUUCCCGAAAGGCUAUUAAGCAAGCGUUUUGGGGUGCCAUUUAUUGGAAUCACAACAGAUUCAUCUGAAAAGCGAUCCAUGAAACCGAGCAGAGAUACUACUCAAGAGAGCAAACCAAAAUCUGAGGCGAGCGCGAGUUCUUCUGAGGUUGAAGCGACUAUUGAUCCCAAUAAAAACUCCGCCCUCGAGUCAGAUCGAGCACCAUCCAGUCUGUUUGCCAUGAUAUUUGGUGACAAAGCUGAAGACAGUGAGGACGAUGAUAUUUAA